AGUCGAUCAAGAUCGAAACUUUAUCCCUAAGCUCAACACUCAAACUGCAUAUUCGCAUAAUUUCAUUCUAAAUUUUUAGCGGAUUCACUUCAAUUCAACCAAUCGAAAUCGAAAAAACAAAAAUUCACAAAAUUGAUGAAUCUUAGAGUGAGUCCAUAUAUACAGUAGUAAUGGGUUUGCCAAGGUUUGGUCGUCCAAAGAAUGGUGAUGAAUUGAGUUCAAACCUAUUCGUAGCGAAUUGUGGGCCAGCUGUUGGAAUUUCUGAUGAUGAAAUUGCUUCUGUCUUCUCCAAAUUUGGUGAACUCAAUGGUGUUUAUGCAGCUGAUGACAGUGGGACACGUGUCAUUGUGUCUUUUUCUGAUGUGGGUUCUGCUCAAUCUGCUUUCAUGGCAUUACAUGGAAAGCCAUGUCCUGAACUUGGUGGUCGUUCUUUGUUUAUUCGUUAUUCUGUGCUUCAGCCGAAUCCACAGGAUCAAGUGAAGGACUUGGUUCCUGUAUCUAUGACUGCCUCAGAUCUUAACAUUCCAGGCCUUUACCUAUUGCAUGACUUCGUUAGUGCUACAGAAGAAGAGGAAUUGCUCCAAUCUGUUGACAGUAGACCUUGGAAUAGUCUUGCCAAAAGAAGGGUUCAACACUAUGGCUAUGAAUUUUGUUAUGAUAUUCGAAAUGUUAAUACAAAGCGAUGCUUAGGUGAGCUUCCCUCAUUUCUUUCUCCAAUACUUGAAAGAAUAUCAUCAUGUCCAACUUUCAAGAAUGCUGACCCUGAUAGAAUAGUUUUGGACCAACUUACGGUAAAUGAGUACCCACCUGGAGUUGGUUUGUCACCUCAUAUAGACACUCACUCUGCAUUUGAAGAUUUAAUUUUCAGCCUUUCAUUAGCAGGGCCUUGUAUUAUGGAAUUCAGACGAUACGGAGAUGGUGAUUGGCGACCUAGAGUUGCUUCAAGUAUUGACACAAAAGUAGAUUGUCCAGAAGAUGGUUCAAAUUGUAUAAAGAGGGCUAUCUAUCUCCCCCCUAGAUCUUUGCUACUCUUAUCUGGCGAAGCACGAUAUGCAUGGCAUCAUUACAUUCCACACCAUAAGAUAGACAAAGUGGAUGGAAAAGUCAUCAGAAGGGCUUCAAGAAGGGUAUCUUUUACGUUGCGUAAGGUUAGAGCAGGUUUGUGCAAAUGUGAAUUUCCUCAGUAUUGCGACUCUCAAAGAUGAGGUUUUACCUAAAUGACAAGAAGGAUCAAAAUGUAAUACCUUUAAAUUUAAAUAUCCGUUGUUGAGAGUUGCAACGAGUACAAUUUGAGUGGCUCUUAUCCAUUUACUACCAAUCAAUCAACUUCGGAGGCCAUUCAUUUACGGGAUUGGAAUUGGAAUUGGAAUUUUGCACCAUCAAGAUAAUCAUUAUACCAGUUCACUCACUUUGUAUGGGUGCACAAUAGAUUUGCCCUUUAUAUGUAUAAACUUAAUUUCCUAUUUACAUAAAAUUGUACUUAAGUAGGAUUUGUUACAUCCAUUAAACAUGCAUUAUCCUUCUGAUGAAUUGGUUUUACUGUAACCAACCAAGAAAGGAAAUUGAUAGUUCGGUGUGCACUCGUGUUAAGAAGACCAAGAUUCAAGAGCUAAUUUUGCUCAGAAAAUAUUUAGGUGUUUCACUUCUUCGUGUUCUCGGUUCUAGACAUGAAUAAUCCUACCAUUUUCUAGGUGUAGAUAUAAUUACGCUAGCCUUUGAGGACCAGAUGUAUAGCAACUGUACAAUUACAUUUGAAACAAAUGAAUCUUUUGGGUAGCAUUGUAAGCUCAAGGACUGGAGAAAUAUUUGCAUCAA